AUGUCUUUUGAUCCAAACAUCAACGCUCCUGGUUUCCUUUUUCCAAAAUCCCAGAAAUCCACCAGCAACACAACACUAACGACAUCUCUCCGUAGACGUCGACUCAUAGCGUGUUUACUGCUUGCGCUACCAUUGAUCCUCAUCUCUCUUCUCAAAUCAUCGGCUGUUACAAAUCCAGCUAUCUGGAGUCUCACGCCACUCCUCAAAUCUAUACUCGACACCGACGACAUGAGUACCCUUGAUACCAAUCCUGGAUCAAACAACGCAGAAGGAUGGCAUACGCGUGCUACCGAAUCGACUUCCGUUACGGCAUCUUCCUUCGACCCCAAGGCAGAAGAUCUCCUCGCAACGUUUUUCUAUAGCACAAAAGGCUCGGGAGAUGGCUUCACGAUGGCGUUGAUGAAACCUAAUAUAGCAGUCGAUGCCGCUGGAAGAAUCCUGACUCUAUCCUCUGGCGACUUUGUGGGGUUGCAAGAAGUAGUAGAUGCUGUUAAACCUCUACCUCAGACAGACGAGUGGAGAGGGCAAUGGAGAAUCAAACAAGACAGGACUUGCUUUGGGUUCGAUAGGAUCCAAAUUCCUGGCCAGCCGGAGAUAAGUAUAUACGGAUGGGUGAAACCCAAGGAAGGAAUGGCUUUGGAGCUCGAGUCACCGGCUAAAGGAUUUACGCAUCUCCCUCAAGAACUAGGAAUGUUGGUGAAAUUGGCGAGAGAAGCAAGGGAAGGCUUUACCAGGGAUCAACGAGAAGAGAGUGUCGUUCAGAAGAUAUUAGCAUUUAAAGACGAGGCAAAAAGAUGGGAAGAAAGACACCGCACAGACGACAUCAUGGUAUAUACAGAUGGGUCAGGCUUCGAAGGCAAUAUAGGAGCAGCGGCGGUGCUUUACCGGAACGGCCAAAUGUCCCGACACCUCCAAUACCAUUUAGGCACAGACAAAGAACACACGGUGUACGAAGGAGAACUAGUGGGAAUCAUAUUAGGACUCCACCUCAUCAAAGGGAUAAAAGGCAGUAGACCCAAAGCAACCGUCAACCUCGACAACCAAGCGGCAAUAAUAUCAACACUCACCAACAAGCCGCAGCCAGGAGCCUAUCUGCUCGACGAGGUCAACCGCCUCGCAACGCAGACCCAAGAAAUGCCACUCAAGUUUACCUGGAUACCGGGCCACUCUGAUAUCCCUGGAAAUGACGAAGCCGAUGAACGAGCAAAGGAAGCUGCCCAAGGGACCUCCAGCGAAACCCGUCAAUUACCACCACUCCUCCGCAAACCCCUCCCCUUUAGUGUCUCGGCCCUCCGGCAAGACCUACGAGCACGAAUAGAAACGAAGCGCAGAGUCCACUGGGCCAAGUCCCCCAGAUACUACCGCCUCAACAACAUAGACCCUAAGCUCCCAUCGUCACACUUCAGGAAGUUAACACGUAACCUAUCACGCACAGAAACUAGCAUUCUCAUACAGUUACGUACAAAUCAUUUACCUCUGAAUGCACAUCUGCACCGCAUUAAAAAGAUCGAGCACCCAUUUUGCAGGUACUGCCAAGGCGAAACAAUAGAAGAUGUUAAUCACUUCCUAUUUGUAUGCCCCCAAUAUACGACGGCAAGACUCGACCUCCGACGCAAACUCGGGCGCCAAGUCCAACACCUCAAGACCCUCCUAGCCGCCCCAAAGGCCAUCAAGCACACGCUCGAGUAUAUACGGCAAACGAAAAGACUCCAAAACUACAUGAGCAGACUUGAAAACAAACAGAGGACAAGCGUGGGCAGGCCAACCAGACCAAACGGAGACCUAC